AUGGUAGGGAUUAGGGAAGAGAGGAAGGUGUUCAUUCAAGAUAGGGCGGCGUAUCUAACAGAUAAGGUACUGGGGUUGGGGGCAGGGCUAAGGGACACGGUGCAGACGUGCGCUAGGCAGCAAGAAUCCACCGUGCACAGAGCUGCAAACCGGGCGAGCAUCCGCUCACAGGCACCGCGUGAGCGCCUGCGGUGCGCCCGGCCCGUCCGCCGCGGCCUAGAAGUGCUGGGAGCCGCUCUGCAGGCUCGGGGUCCCCGGAGCCACCUCCCGCUCGCCCCCCGUCCCCGGGCGGAGCCGCCACCUCCUGCCCCGGGGGCCGCGGGUCGGGCCGGGGACGCCGAGGCCGGGGACGCCUUUCCCUUUAAGAGCCGCACGGGCGGCGCUGAUUGGCUGGAGCUCCGCAGGGCCUUCCUCCCCGCCCGCCGCCCCCCUGCGCCCGCCGCUCGCCUCCUCUUCCUCGCCGCGGAGUCGGCCCGGCGGCGGCGGCGACACCCGGACGACCGAUGCCGCCCGCCGGGGGCCGCAGCCCGAGGCCGCGCUGAGCGCCGCGCCCGGGAGAAGGGGCCGGCAGGCGGGACGCGGGGUGCGCGGGGCCCCCCGAAAGGCAGAGGCCCCCGGCCCCACGCGGGAGCAGCCCCCGCGCCCUCCGCAGCCAUGCCAGGCCCGGUCCCCUCCGGCGACGCCCGGGAGCAGCCCCGCGCCGGGCCCCCCGGCCCGCAGGGCGACGGCGGCGGGCGGCGGCAGAGCAUCGUCUGGAGGAACGUGGUGCUGAUGAGCCUGCUGCACCUGGGCGCCCUGUACUCCCUGGCGCUCAUCCCCGAGGCCCAGCCGCUCACGCUGCUCUGGGCCUACCUCUGCUUCCUGCUGACCGCCCUGGGUGUGACGGCCGGUGCCCACCGCUUGUGGAGCCACAGGUCCUACAAGGCCAAGCUGCCUCUGAGGAUAUUUCUGGCUGUUGCCAACUGCAUGGCUUUCCAGAAUGACAUCUUCGAGUGGUCCAGGGACCACCGAGUCCACCACAAGUACUCAGAGACGGACGCCGACCCCCACAACGCCCGCCGGGGCUUCUUCUUCUCCCACAUCGGCUGGCUGUUCGUCCGCAAGCACCGGGACGUCAUCGAGAAGGGGAGACAGCUCGACGUCACCGACCUGCUGGCUGACCCUGUGGUCCGGUUCCAGAGAAAGUACUACAAGGUCUCCGUGGUGCUCAUGUGCUUCGUGGUGCCCACGCUCGUGCCCUGGUACACCUGGGGGGAGAGCCUGUGGAACUCCUACUUCCUGGCGUCCAUCCUGCGCUACACCAUCUCCCUCAACGUCACCUGGCUGGUCAACAGCGCCGCCCACAUGUACGGAAACCGGCCCUACGACAGGCACAUCAGCCCCCGGCAGAACCCGCUCGUCACUCUGGGCGCCAUUGGUGAAGGCUUCCACAAUUACCAUCACACCUUUCCCUUUGACUACUCUGCAAGUGAAUUUGGCUUAAAUUUCAACCCAACCACCUGGUUCAUUGACUUCAUGUGCUGGCUGGGACUGGCCACUGACCGCAAACGGGCGACCAAGACGAUGAUCGAAGCCCGGAAAGCCAGGACUGGGGAUGGCAGCGCCUGAACCGGGAACAGCCAUCCCACUCGUCGGCCGUGGGCACCACGGCUCUCGGCUCUCGUUCCUGUGGUUCUGUUGUUCAUCGGAUCGUGGGAGGGGUUCGUAGAUAGGGAGAGAACGGAAUCUAUGUGGUUUGGGAAUUUUUUUUGUUUGUCUCAAAAUGUCAAAAUAUAACUAUCAAUGAAAAAAGAUUUUUAAGUCAAUAUUACUAUGAUUUAACAUUUAGAGUGUGGACAUACGACUUAAUUGCUGUAGCUACAAUAUGUCAAAUAUACAUUAUCAUGUGCUUGUACAUGAUGUUAACCCUGACAGGAUGAAGGAAUUUAAUAUUCUUUCAGUGGGAUUCAGGAGAGCAUUUGUUUUAUUUUCUACCGAUUAACCCAGCAUUGCUUUGAAACACACUGUCUGAAGGAGCAGAGAGGCAGGGUGGAAGACAGAAGAGGGGCUACGUUGUGCCUAAAGAAUGUUUCUGUUUUGCGAUUAUUGUGUGCGUGUGUUUUGUUUGUUUAAGAGAAGUGAAAACUUAAAAAAAUGAGAAUACAGGAAAUGGCUCUUGUAUUUUUUUUUUCUUUUUUGCCCUGUUACCAGCUUGUUAAUGCUCCACUGUCUUGGCUUCAGAGUUUUGUGUCCUGAGCCCCAUGACCCGCCCACCCUAUAAAUCAAUGCCUUGUUUGAUUUUGUUCUCUUUGCUAUUGUCAUUUUAAAGGUGAAUAACUCAGACAUGCCAGACAUCAAAUUAAACUCAAAUUAAGCUCUCAUUUAAAUGUUUAGACACCCAAUUUAUAUUCUAAUUGAUCCCAGCCACUGAUGCAUGUACUUUAGCUACUUCUGCUAAAUAAGCGUAUUAAUUUUCCACACCGCGCCGUCAGAACUUAAUAACCGACAGUUAUCUAGAACUCCCUGUCUACCAUUUCACCUGCAUGCAGCUUUCAUUGAUUUUGCAGCAAAAUAGCAAGUGAUCAUUAUGUAGCUUCUGAAUUAUAAAAAAAUUUUGUGUGUUAAGUUGCCUUGUGAAGAGCAUGUUGAAUUAAUGCGACAGCGUGCUUUCUGUGUUAGACGUUAGAGCGAAAGAAAGGCCUUAUAGUGUUGGUAUUGGUGCACUUUGAAGACAGAUAUUUUCCAGAAAGAUGUAGGACUUAAAAUUUAAAUUUUUAAAUUUUAGAGAAAGAAAUGAUGCCAAUUGGAAACUGUCAUACUGAAGUUCUUCAUCCAGCAGGUGUUUAACAGUGUUAUUUUGCCAUUAAUGAUGUGUAAACUGUGAGUGAUUUACAAUAAAUGAUUAUGAAUUC